AUGCGCCCCUCCCUCCUCCUCGCCACCGCCAGCCUCAUCCUCGCCGCCCCGACCGAGGACGCCGUCGAGAAGCGCGCCAUCACGUCCGGCACCAACGACGGCUCCAUCUUCCAGUUCGGCGACGCCGCGCGCUGCCGGCGCACCUUCUACGACUCGGGCGCCUGCGGGCUGAGCACCUACUUCAAGGGCAGGGUGCCCGCGGACGCGACGCUGGUGGCGGUGCCGUCGGGCGUGUUUGACCGCUACGGCCAGGCGCAGGACAACAGGCUGUGCGGCAAGACCAUCACGAUGACGUACCGGGGGGUGACGCGCAGGGCGGUGGUGGCGGACGAGAACACGAGCGGCGAGCAGUCGAUCGACAUGUGCCUGGACGACUGGAAGGCGUUUGGCGGCAAGGAUGGGGAUGGCACGCUGCGUAAGGGCAUCAAGUGGACGAUCGGCUGA